AUGGAGACUGCACCCAAGCGUGUCCCGACUGACGACGAAGUCAUGGCAGUGAUCAAAGAGACUAUCUCGAAGAUGGCCGUCUCCAUCAAAGGUGCACCGCUUGACAAUGAGAUCACUGACGCUGCCCUCACUGGCGUUCUCAGCACUCUCCAUAGAUUCUACGUCGCCGAGCCUUCUGUUGGCACUGGCGCUUGGAGUAUGAACAAUAACGGCACCACCAUCAUUGCCCGUGGCGCUGACAUGGCGAACAUCAACGACAAUGGUGACGACGAUAGCGCCAGUAGUGAUGACGAUAGCGCCAGUGGUGACGACGAUAGCGCCAGUACCAUUGUGGAAAACGACAUCUUGAAUGCCGAGGCAUCUACUGCGGCCAUUGCAGCAGACAUGGACCAUGUUGACGGCGCCACUCAGAACCAAUAUUCCGGCAAGCCGGUUCUCGUCAUGGUCAGAGGCACUGAAUUCUAUGUGCACGCCGCAAUCUUCGCCCAGGUCUUUCCCAAGAUGACGCACAACCCGACCAUCCCUCUAUUCAUCGACAACUUCCCUGCGGAAUACUUCCAUUUCAUCCUCAAGUACAUGUACACUGGCAACUGGCACGACUUGGACUUUGAAACUCUUGACGAUGAGGAGAAGAUCGAUACGCUCUUCGCGUUCGCCGACGAAUACUCCAACACCCGUCUGAUGGCUGCCUUGCUCCAGGUCGACAAGGUCAACAUAAUGGAAGACUCCAACCUUGAGCACGUUGCUCGUGUCUACAAGGAGGGCAACCCUGAUCGUCGCUUCCGCGAGUUUUUCAAGCGCGAAUUCACCAAGAACUUGCACCAUGAUUUCUGCGUCACCCAGAAGCACCAGAGGGACAAGGGAUGCGUUCGAUCUGAUGCCGGCUGCCCCAUGUUCCAUGUCCAGCUUCACCUCGCUGACUGCCCUGGCGCCUUUGACGACGUCACCGAGGCCUUGUACAACAUGUGGCUUAUCGCCAUGGGUGGUGAGUCAGAGUUGUGA